GAAGGAAUCGCGCUUUGUCUCCAAUGGAUACCUGGCCACUGCAAUAACCCUGGGAACGACGCACCAGACCGGCUAGCCAAGGAAGCGGGAAGCCCAGCGAGAAGGCGUUCACACGCGACAACAUUCGCGCUCAGUGGGAGCGGGAAUGGACUUCAUCCACCCAAGGCGAUCACCUGCCAAGAAUUGACAGCGCUUUACCAGCGACCUAUACCAGAAAGCCGUAUGGAAAAUCUGUCCAGGAACCGGGCGUACUUACUGACACAGCAAUGCAAGGGCCAUAAUUGGUUAUUUACCUUCCCCGAGGCUUUUAACUUUCGCGUCAACGGCCAUUGCACGUGCGGCGCGCAAGAAACAGUAACUCAUUUGCUGGUAGACUGUCCAAGACUGAACCAGUUGCGAAGGGAAUUAAAGAGAAAAAAAAAAAGUGGGGGACGUAUUCAUAAUCGUGUCGAGUCUGCUUACAUAGAGACUCAAGAGAAGGAGUCCCCAUGGAUCAGCCUGAACAUAGACUUCAAUGGAGGUGGACAUUAG